ACAAACCCAAGUACAGAGAUAUUGUAGUCUGGGAUCAAUACAAAAAGCAAGGAGAACUCUAUACUGGAAUCUUCCACUCCUUAUACUCAUAUCAUUACUGGCAGUGAUGAGCGGAAUGGCUAUAUUUGCCAAAUACCACGAUUGCGAUCCAAUCACUUUGGGUUACGUACAAAGACCAGAUCAAUUGAUGCCAUACUUUGUAAUGGACACACUUUCCCAAUACCCGGGUCUGGCCGGACUGUUUGUGGCAUGUGUGUUUAGUGGUUCCCUUAGCACACUGUCCUCCGGUUUCAACUCAUUGGCGGCCAUCACUUGGGAGGACAUCAUUAAGCAUCGGAUCAAAUGUCAAGAUGACAGACAUGCUCUUAAAAUCACUAAACUAAUCGCCGGGUCGUAUGGAUUGAUAGCCAUCGCCCUGGCAUUCAUUGUGGGCAAUGCGGGAACAGUAUUUCAAGCUUCCAUCUCAUUGGUCGGUUCAAUGGUUGGACCACUCUUUGCAUUAUUCACUUUAGGAGUACUUUAUCCCUAUGCAACAGCACCGAGGAUGGGCUCAAGAAAAACUGACCACAAGAUUGACGAACAACUGAUGAGUCCAUUAUAUAAAUACAUAUUUCCCGGAUUCAAAACUAACUUAAAUCUUCCCAUACAAAUGAUUAGUCACAAACUGAUUAACGAAAAGUCAUUCACCAAUUCCUCAAUUGUGGUCACAUCCGACUCACGCAACACUUCCAACUCAUCAUUCAUAUGA